CGCGCCUUAUUUUGCUCGCAGUUGGGAGACGGAGACAAGCGGGGAUGGAGGAGCUCUCUGGUUCGGUGAUUGAAGAGAGGCGCCGUCUUUGCACUCAGUUCGCCAGUGUCACAAGCACCGACGAUGCGGUUGCACAGUGCUUCCUUGCAGAAAACGACUGGAAUUUAGAGCGAGCAGUUCAUUCAUUUUUUGAAACUGAUGUGGUGCUUAUUCCCUCUGCUGAGCCAAACACAAGUAAGGAGCACAGUGUAAAGAACGAACUGGAGACUGUGGCUUGUAUUGAUCUGACUGAAGAUGAACCAAAUGACUGCGCCAGCAGUAGCAGUGGUGAUGCAAACAAUGCCAAUGAGCAACUGGGAAACAAGGAUAACAGCAGUUUUUCACUGUUAACCUGGAAUAUUGAUGGGCUUGAUGAGUGUGAAAUCAUUGAACGUGCUCGAGGUGUAUGUUCUCUUAUAGCUCUGUAUGAACCAGACAUUGUAUUUUUACAAGAAGUAAUACCUCCAUAUUUGGGAUAUCUGAGGAAAAGAGCAGUCAGUUACACAAUAGUAGCAGGAAAUGAUGAAUUUUAUUUUAGUGCAAUUAUGUUGAAGAAAUCCCGUGUAAAACUCAUUAAUACAGAAAUCAUAGAUUACCCAACUACAAAGAUGUUGAGGAAUCUGCUUACUGUGAAAGCCAGCUUUGGUGACAGAGAGCUGUACCUGAUGACGUCCCAUUUGGAAAGUACUAAAGACCACUCUGCUGAAAGGAUCAAACAGCUUAAAACCGUCCUUAAGAAAAUGAACGACAUCCCUGACUCUGCUAUAGUGAUCUUUGGAGGAGACACCAACCUGAGAGAUCAAGAGGUUACAAAAACUGGAGGAUUGCCUGACAACAUAUGCGAUGCAUGGGAGUUUGUUGGAAAACCUGAACACUGCAGAUACACGUGGGACACAACUACAAAUAGCAAUAAACAGGCCAGGUAUAAGUGCAGACUACGCUUUGAUCGAAUAUUUUGCAGAAGAACCCAAAGUGGAAUGCAGGUGACGCCACAUGAUAUGGACCUCAUUGGACUUGAUAAGCUAGACUGUGGCAGAUUCCCUAGUGAUCACUGGGGAAUAAUCUGUAACUUUAAUAUUUAGUAUUCAGUUCACAAAAAAUUGUUCUUUUAAUGUAUUAAUAAAAUCUUUUAGCUUUGCCUUUUAUAAGAUAUUUUUAAUUUCAAAUGAUUUGAUAUUAUGUAAGGGAUUCCAUUGUUUUUUUUAAUUUUAUGGAGUAUUUUGUGGGUGUUUUAUUAAAAUCUGCUGCAGAAA